AUGCAAUUGGACCUAUUUGUUUUUUCCUUUUUAGAUUCUACAACAUUGUCGAAUCUGCAAGCUGAGUCAGCACCUUGGAACAGCGGCAAUCUUCUUAGUGUUCCUGCCUAUCGCAGCCACUAUGGCGAAGGUGGUGGCCCAGAAGUCGAAGAUCUGGAAGAGGAGGACUGGGAGGAUGAAGAAGAUCCUGAUGGGUCCCAUUCAUCCCUUUCAUCGAACUACUUGAUACUGCCGAAAGGUGAGAAUUCACUGCAGACUCGGGGCGAAUUUCAGCCAACCGUCCACUAA